GACACAGCUCUAGCAGCAUAAUUUCAAUUGGGGAAUACGGCUUGGGACGCAGGAGAUGGAUUUGGGAACGAGGCUUGGAAUACAGGACAUUUUCUUUUGGGAGUAUGACGUCAAUAUGAGAGUGAGGCUUGGAGCUUGGGCACAGAAGGAGUAGCGGUGUCUUUUUUUUUACAACAAAGUGGCUGUGCGAGAUGAACACACACAGGUCAUGAGCAAUGUUGGUGCGAGUCUGUGUCCAGAAGGCUAUGCGGCAGAUACACAGCACAGAUCUGGCUCCAUGUCACUAGUGCAAGAUGACCAGAAGCGGUAUAAAUUAUAACUGGGUCUCCACAAGUCCUGGAUGAUGCAGCGUAUCAACAAGAAUGUUGUUUUGGCUUUGUUGACAGCUGCGAGUACCUUGUUUCUCCUGUUUCAGCUGUAUUAUUAUAGAUACUAUAUAUCUGCAAAGCAUGGACCUGCAUUUUCCAGGCUGAAAGAUACUUUGUCAGCACAAGAAGGAACAAACUGGCGAGUGGUGAAGAAUUUUUUAAAUCUGGCUUCCCAUCACAGUGUCCCAGUCUUUCUGGUGGAUCCUGUGCUUCUGCCACUACUAGCUAAAGAUGUGGAACAACUGAGAAGCUCUAUGGACAGCACACCAUCUGAAUGUCAGUACUUCUGCAAGCAAAGGGAUGUCACUACAUUUGCACUUCUGGAUAAGAAGUGGGAGCACAAAGGUAGUUUUUUUCGAGCUGCAGAGAAGAUUGGAUUUCAGUGGCAAAAAUAUGAGGGGAGAGAUCCACGACUGGAAGGAAUGGAUGACUUGUCAGGUGUACAAAUACCUCUUCAUUAUAUAUUCAAGAUGGCAUCACAUACAAUCCAUUUAGUAGUGCUUUAUGAAAGAAGUGGCAACUACCUGUGGCAUGGUCCUUUACGGCUGAAGAGGAAUAUGGAUAGAAAAUUUGCCCCUUUCCGGAAGCUUCAAUUUGGUCGAUAUGCUGGAGCAUAUAAUAGAGCUGAUCUUAUCAAAGUUACUGCUGAUGGUUUGAAAUUGCAGAUCCCGAAAGAUCCAUCCAGAUUUUUAUCAGAAAUGUCUCAUUCGAAAUUUCUUGAGUGUAGAUACAGAGAAGCACGCUCAUUCUUUCAGCUGUAUCCUGAUGACUUGUCUCUGGAAGGGAUUGAUUUCCGAAAGAAGGCCAAAGCAUUGCUACAUCUAGCAGCUUCCACGUUGGAGGUGUUGGGAAUGAGCUUCUGGAUCAGCAGUGGUACAUGUUUAGGGUGGUAUCGACAGUGUAAUAUUAUUCCUUACAGUAAAGAUGUGGAUUUAGGCAUAUUCAUAAAGAACUACAAACCAGAAAUUAUUCUAGCACUCCAGAAAGCUGGCCUGCCACUAAAGCACAAGUUUGGAAAGGUGGAGGAUAGUUUGGAGCUCUCCUUUCUUGGGAGUGAUGAUGUGAAACUUGACAUAUUUUUCUUCUAUGAAGAAGCUGAUUAUAUGUGGAAUGGGGGAACACAAGCUAAAAGUGGCAAGAAAUUCAAAUACUUGUUUCCAAAAUUUACACUUUGCUGGACAGAGUUUUUAGAACUGAAGGUUCAAGUGCCAUGUGAAACACUGGAUUAUAUUGAAGCCAAUUAUGGCAAAAACUGGGAUGUUCCUCUUAAAGUUUGGGAUUGGAAGCACUCCCCACCCAAUGUACAGCCAAAUGGAAUCUGGCAUCUGGACGAGUGGGAUGAGGUCAUUCAGUUAUUGUAGAGGAGUAACACGUCAGCUCUGUCAUUGUGACACUGGGCUUAUCAUUGUCACUUGGUGUCACUUUUUAUGGAAUGUUUUCUAUUUGUAAUGAACUUGCAAGCAGUGGACAUUUGAAAAUAAAUAAUUUUAAUUUUCUAGCCCACACUGCAAGAAUGACAGGCUGCUAUAUGGAAUACAGAUUUAGGUCUCCUUUCUAUAUCUAAGAACCACUUUACUGAACUGUGACUUGUCUUGCAUAGGAUAACAAGCUAAUGUUUUGGUUUUGAUGUAUGUGUUUGCUACUAACAAGUUGUGAUGAUAUGAAAUGAUUUUCUCUGAAAAAAUUAAAUGUUUUCCUGAAAAUA